AUGAUCUCCUAUAAAACUUUAUAUAAGAGAAAGUGCAAUGUGAAAUCUGUGGAAAUUUCUGCAAAAGAUCUUGUGUCAUUUAAGUAUUAUGGACCAUGUGCAUACAUAAUUGUUAAUGAUGCUCCUCGACUUGUUGAGGCCUCUAUCGGCGAUAAUUGUGCUUUCUAUUUCCUCAAAUAUAUGACCGUGUUCUCAGACUCUCUCUCUCGAUUACAAACAUUUAAAAUGGACUUAAGGUCAAUCAAGAUAAUUAGAAGUUACCCCAAAUUUCCAAUGUUCAGUGAUCUCAAGCACUUGGACCUGGUGAUUGAUGCUUAUGAUGCUUACGACCUUCUUUGCUGCACUUCAUUCCUGAUGAUGUGUCCCUUUUUGCAUGGAUUAAAGAUGAAGAUUGUAGUAUUAACCCGUUGGCUAACGGGUUUGGGCAUAGGAAGAAAGAUGAAGGUGCAGAAAGCGAAGCCACACCACUACCUGAAGAUGAUUGAACUGGGUGGUUUUCUUGGUUCAGCAAUUAAUUGGAAACUUGCAGAGCAUUUACUUAAAAGGGCUGUGUCGCUUGAGAAAUUGAUUAUUGACCCUCGUGUAGCUUCAAUGAAAUAUGAAGUAGAAUGUAAAAAUCUGGAGAAAAUGUUAGCAGCAAGAGCUCGAGCUAAGCAUCUAGAAACAAGUUUACCGCCUAAGGCUGAACUUGUGAUUCUCUGACCUUUGAAGUGAUCUAAAACUAGUGCUGAUUUUGGAGGUAGGCGGUGCUUCGUUGGUAGAAAAUGCUACCAAGUGGGAAUUGAGCGUGCUAAGAGUCUCUUGUUGCCAAGAGAACUUCAUUUUCAGAUGUUUGCGCGGGCAGAUGCUGCCAUCUUAAUAUAGAAGUAGAACACAACUUAUUAUUGGUGUUUAUUGCUUGGUGUGGAAAUUGUUUGCGAGAUUUACAAAAUUAGUUUAAGGGCUUAUAACCCUUUCCAUUUGAAAGGGUGUGAGCUUAUUUUCUGGUC